AUGUCGUUCAGCGAUAGUCUCAGAAUGGCGACUGCAGAAGGAUCGAAGAAGAACACAGAACUAGAGCAGUUAGCGGAACAAGGUGAAAUUCUACGAAAAAGAUCCAAGAGUAGAAGGGCAGACUAUAAGCUUAUUGAUUCUGAAAUUGUAAAGACUCCUCCUGAGCCACUACCAGCAUCUCUCAAGGAGCAGAUCCGUGAAAUGCUUGAGUCACGGGUAUCUAACGAUACUUCAGCAAAUUCAACAAUACCUCAGCAAGAUCGAUCUGGAUAUAUAACGGAUGUUUCAUCAGCUACUUGGCAGUUUUCAACUCAGUCUUUUUCUCCGCGGUCAGUUGUAUCCAUUAAUGGGGCAGCAAAAAAUGACAACGGUCUUCUAAAAGUUCGUACUGACCUUUCUCCUAAUUUGAGGUCGGAGACGUCACGCUCAAAUGUUGCUGUACAAACAACGCAUGCUGAGGACGAAAGGCCUCGGCCACAUGGAAUUAUGAAGAGUCGAGAAUUGCAAACUAAAGAACAAAUUUUAUACGGGGACCAACCUAGAAGCGUCGUGAAACAGGAUCACUGGGAGCAAAGGGAAGUCCUUCAAGCGAAACCUAAAGUGACUGAAAUUAUCCAAAAAGUUGAAGAACACACUCGGCGUGAAGAGGUUGAAAGAACUAGACUAAGAAGAGAAAAGAAGGAGAAAAAACAAAGAAGUGGGUAUCAUCAUGGAGGUUCACAUGAAAUGGUUAGCGGAUACGACUCAGCCGAUACUGCUAAUUUGCAAGGAAUGAAGGAGUAUUACCGUAGAAUUAUACCUAAUGCAGAUGAAACUUCCCAAAAUACUCAUGCGAUGAAAAAAGAUUUCAAUUCUCGUGAGUCAAGAAAGGAAACGGAAAGCAGUUACGCACAGACAAAUUUGGAAACUAAAACGUCUCAAUCACAGCAGUGGGCACGGGAUUCGGAAGGAGUGCAGAAAAUUUAUGAAAGGAGAGCAUACUCACCUAGUGAGCUAAAUGCGGCUGUUCGUAAUGCGUACGAAGCUGUAGAUAGAAUUCACCAAAAUAUUCGUAACUAUCGAUAUGGAAGUAAUUACCGAGAUUACAGGCCAAGUCAUGAAAGUUACAUGCGCUCAUCGAGUACUCGUAGGGAAACGAAACAUGGCAGUGGUGGGCAGUAUUACGAUUAUUAUAAUGAUGGACGACAUGGAUCAGUUUCUGACAGUCUUCGUCGAGGUGAGGCAAGGUAUAUUCCUAAUGGUGAAGUACGAGAGGUUAUUCAUUCAUCUCGCCGAAACGAUGGUCGAAUGCAUAAAAGUUAUUCUACCCGCGAUGUGUUUCACUCUGGUGGUCAUGAAGAGCGCCGCAGUUCUUCAAAUUUUUACCGCGGCAGCCAGCAGAACGUCCCAUUUGUCGAAUUUCCGCCAACACUUCCUAGAUCAGAUCAUGAAGCUCCAAUACCACCACCCCAUCGAAGUCGCUCUACUUCAAAUGACAACGAGUUCAGGGAUUCUCUUCUUAUGCCUUUACCGUACGUCGGCGGUUACACACACAAGAAAGAACGACGUCAUGAGCAAAUACCUGGUGGAUAUGAAACUUUUCAACACGAGGAAAGGAGCGAUAGUGGACAUCGAUUUGAUAGAGAAGGACGACCUACACAGUUCAGUGAAGCAUCUCAGGAAUAUAGCUACAAACGCGAAACUACAUCGGACCGCCGGCAUUAA